AGGCACGCCUGCGCGCCCGCCCCCGCCCGGGCGGCGCCGGGGUGGCCCCCCGCGCACGGAUGCCGGGCGCCGGGCGGCCCCAGGCGGCCGCCGCCGCCCAGAGGAGAGCCAUGGGCCCCGAGUGCCGCGCCGAGCGCGCGAGACGGGCCCGCAGGAGUGUGAAGGCCUGGGCGAGGGCCGAGCUGGCCGCCGUAACCGCCAGCGAGCACGACGCCGUGGAGGCUGGAGUGGACGUCGGGCAGGCGCUGUACACCGUGCGGCACGUGGUGCGCGUCGCCACCGCAGCCUGCGCGGCCCUCUCGGCGCUGAAGCUGGCGGUGUACUGGCAGACGGGAUCCGCGGUGAUCCUGACCUCGGCGCUGGGGUCGCUGGGAGACCUCGCGGCGACGUGCGUCGCACGGUUCGCCGCCCGCCAGGUGGCCAGGCAGGACCGUGCCACCUACCCCGCGGGGCGGGCAAAGUUCGAGCCAGCAGCAGUGGCCUUGUUCGCGGCGUUCAUGGCCACCAUCAUGUUCGCGAACGCGUUGGGCAACGUCAAGGAGGUGUCGGAGAUCGACGAGGCGGCCAGGGAGAGGGCCGUGAGAUCGUUCUGGUCUCUGCUGAUGGGCGGGCAAGGCGAGACGUGGUCAUUACUUCAGCGAGGGCGAGGCGAAAGCGAGCCUCCGGCGUUUCAAUUCAAGCCAGGCGAGGGUUCGUUGAAUGGCACAUUCGACGCGGAUACAUGGCUAGAGGCCAAUGCAAACAUGCAGGAGACUAUAGAUUACGCUGGAUUCGUUGUACAACCGUUCUUGGAGUCCAACAAGGCGUGGACUGCCAUCGCUUUGUUAAGCUGCUGCGCAGUACUCAAGUUCGGUUUGUGGUUCUACUGCGUCAU